CAAUCAGAAUAAUGGUCAACAUAAACCUGUUGGAGAACCUGAAGGUUUACAUCAGCAGUCGACCGCCGCUCGUGGUCUUUAUGAUCAGUGUAAGUGCUAUGGCAAUAGCUUUUCUGACACUGGGUUAUUUCUUCAAAAUCAAGGAGAUCAAGUCACCAGAAAUGACAGAGGACUGGAAUACUUUCCUCCUGAGGUUUAAUGAUUUGGACUUCUGUAUAUCUGAGAAUGAAACCUUAAAGCAUCUCAUCAAUGAUACCACAACUCCAGAAAGUACCGUGACUAGCGGACAGGCGAGAUCUUCUACACAGUCUCCACAAACUCUUGAGGACUCUGGUCCCAUAAACAUCUCUGUUACAAUCACGUUGACGCUGGACCCACUCCGACCAUUUGGCGGAUAUUCUCGCAAUGUCACACAUCUAAGUUCCACAAUUUUUGGACACCAAAUUGGACUCUCAGGCAGAGAAUCCCACGAGGAGAUCAAUAUUACCUUCACCCUGCCGGCUGCCUGGAAUUCAGACGACUGCAUUCUCCACGGCCACUGCGAGCAGGUUGUGUUCACGACCUGCAUGACCGUGACAGCAGCCAGCAAUGUCUUUCCUGUCACAGUUCAGCCACCACAUUGUGUUCCUGAGACAUACAGCAACGCCACGCUCUGGUACAAGAUCUUUACCACAGCAAGGGACUCUAAUACAAAAUAUGCACAGGAUUAUAAUCCUUUCUGGUGUUACAAAGGAGCCAUCGGAAAAGUGUAUCAUGCUUUAAACCCCAAACUAACCGUUAUAGUUCCAGAUGAUGAUCGCUCCCUAAUAAACCUGCAUCUCAUGCAUACCAGUUACUUUCUGUUUGUGAUGGUGAUUACAAUGUUCUGCUACGCAGUUAUUAAAGGCAGACCAAGCAAACUGAGGCAAAGCAAUACAGAAUUCUGCUCUGAAAAGGUUGCUUUGUCAGAAGCGUAAUCCAUCCUCUCCUUUGACUGAGAAUGACUGAGAACCAUAAUCAUUGCCUGCUGAUCCCAGAAUGGGUCUUAACACUCUGUGAAUACAUUAUCUCGCAAUGUUGGUUUAUUCCAACCAAAGACAUUUCAAGUGCCUGUAAUUGAUUUGUACAUAUUUAUAAAAGUAUAUUCAGAAUAGGUCAGAUGAUGCACUUGUUCCGCAUUGUAGUGCGGCCGGAAACUUUCAGUCUUUACCUGUGGACAUAGCCGAAUGUUCGUGUAGAUAUGUUUAGUGAUAUGGCUACAUAUAGUCAGAGCAAGAUAUUUUUGUCUAGCUGCAUCUGGGCAGGUUAAGAUGCCUUUGCAAGUGUCUCAAACAAACCAACAGAUCUUUGGUUUUUUUUGCCCAAUGAUAUGUACAGUGUGUUUGAAACAGUAUGCACCUUUGAUAUAAUAUUGCAUUUCCAAAGCCACCAAUCUACUACAUGAAUUAAAUGUGUAUUUGUGUGGCCUCAUACUUUCUUCCAUUUGCUCCUUGCUUGCAAGAAAAGAUAUCAACAUUUUAGAUUUUUUUUUUUGAAAAAAAGAAAUACAUAUUCACAUUUUAAUAGUGCUGUAUUUAGGACA